AUAAAAAACGAAUCUUUCGCGAAUCACCCAUGAUCAUCACUAAGCUUCAGUUGCUUAGAGGAUAAUAUUGCAGUAGUUUCAAGUGUUACACGACUGUGUCAGUAUAUACACUCACGCAUUUAAAUAAGACCGAAAGCUUCUGUCUAACGUUACGUACCAACCAGGCCUUGUCUUUCUUGCCAAGCAGGUAGCUAACUGUAGCCUAGCUAGCUAGCUAGCUAGCUAGCUAAUACAGAACUAUGUUUCUGUUGACUAGCUGGAAACAGACUAACGUCUAUUAGACCUCUCUUCGAAGAACAAUGGAGGAAUCAAAUGUUGAUAUAGAGGUGACAGUCAAAACCUUGGACUCCCAGAGCAGAAGUUAUACUGUUGGUAGCCAGUUGACUGUCAAAGACUUCAAGGAGCACAUUGCACCUUCAGUGGGAAUUCCUGUGGAUAAACAGAGGCUGAUCUACCAGGGUAGAGUUCUACAAGAUGAGAGGACACUUACAGAGUACAAUGUGGGUGAUAAAGUGAUCCACCUGGUUGAACGGGCCCCCCCUCCACCCUCCCAGCCAGGCUCAGGGGGCAGCUCAGGAUCAACUGACGCUGGUCUGUCAUCCCCCAACUCCACCACCUCCCAGGGAUCCUCCCAAGUGCCUCCACACGACCGCAAUGCCAACAGUUACGUCAUGCUGGGAACCUUCAACCUCCCGGUGAACCUAAUGGAUCCUCAGCAGAUACAGAUGUCAGUCCAGCAGAUGAUUCCAGGCCUGGGUGAAAAUGCUAGGAAUGCUAGAGUCACAACCAGCACGGGGAACAAUGGAUCUAUGAAUGUACACAUCGACAUGGACCAAUCCGUACAGAGUGAGCCCAGACUAAGGCUUUUAUUGGCAGAAAAUCUCCUGAGGGACACUAAUGUGCUGAUCCAAAGAAUGGAGGGACAGGCAAGUGACAACUCAUCUCAACCGGCGUCAGCUGCCGAUUCUGCCGCUGCUCCACCGCCCUCCUCCUCCACCUCUACUCCCUCUCCCUCCACCCAGCCCAUGGACACCUCCCCUCUUCCAUCUGACCCCCCUCCAUCUUCCUCUUCGACUCAAACUGAGGGACCGCUGCCCCCAACUGGUCCCAAUCACCCCAGCCCAGUAGAGCUUGUGGAGAUCUUGUCGGAGCUAAGGAGGGUGGAGGAGAGGCUACAGCCGUUCAUCCAGAGAGCCCAUUCCAUCUUGGAGACUGCUACCACCACAGAAUAUGCCAACACUGAGAGAGAAGAGGACCAGCUCAUUCUGAACCUAGUGGGGGAGUCCCUGCGCCUCCUGGGAAAUGCCCUGGUUGCUUUGAGUGACCUUCGCUGCAACCUCCUCAGCCCUACCCCCCGUCACCUGCACGUAGUUCGGUCCAUGUCCCACUACACCUCUCCAGUCAUACUUCCAGGGGCUGUGAACCACCAACAAAUCCCACUACAUAUGAACUUGGGAGCCACAGUAACCAUGGCAGCCAAUGGAAGGCCAGUCAGCGAGGGACAGGCUCAACCCACCAGCCAGUCGGAACAGGCAGGUCAGGGACAGACCUUCCCCUCACAGCCUCCCCCGUAUAAUCAGCAGGCAGGCCAGGGCCAGCCUGGCCCACGGGUCAUCAGGAUCAGCCACCAGGCAGUACCGGUGGUCAUGAUGCAGAUGAACGCGGAUGACGGUGGCAGUAACCCUCAGGCAGCAGGACUGCAGAACCCAGCCGGUAUGGGACAGGCAGGUGCCCUUCCCCCAGACUUCAUGCGUUCCAUCAUGCAGCAGAUGGGCCAGUACGCUGCUGCUAUGGCAACCGCUGGUGCCGUGCCAACUGCCCAGCCCACCCCCUCUGGUUCCGGCUCUACCGCCACCUCUUCUGCCACCCCCUCUGGCCCCAACACCCCUACCACAACCCCCACGGCUCCACCUCCUCCACCCCCCAACGCCUCACAGGCCAGGGUGGUCUUCACACGUCCAGCUUUUGCUCCAGGCAUGAUGGCAGCGCCCGCUUUCACCACCAGGGGGCCGACUGCUAACGUUGGCACAAAUUUAAGAGCGCCCAUGCCAGGCCAGCAGCCAGGACAACCCUUCCCUCCUGCUGCCCUCAAUCAAAUGAUUAGUGGGAUGGUGGGACAGCUUCUCAUGCCAAGCCAGACAGCUGGACAGACCGCCACCUCCUCCUCUUCACACACCUUCAGCUCUUCUUCCUUCUCUCCUUCUGGCCCCAUACCCAAUACAACCCCACCUCCUGGUACUGCUGCUGCCCCAGGUCAGCCAGAAACCACCCCUACCCAGCCCCAAGGUAUCCCUCCUGACCUGGGCCAGCUGCUGAGCUCUCUCCUGAGUGGAGUGGGGGGCAGUGCUGAGGCCAUGGGUUCUGGGGGUGCCCCCUCCAUCACUGUGACCAUGCCUGGAGUGCCUGCCUUCAUCCAAGGAGUGUCUGACUUCAUGCAGCAGGCCUCCCAGCCAGGUUUCCAGGGCCCUUCCCCUACCUUCCCUGCAACACCCACAGCCCCUCCUGCUGGAGGCACUUCUCAGGGCCCCGCCCCCCAGGGUCCCGCCCCCAACCCUCCCUCAGGGAAUGGGACUAGCGGCCUGGCUGGGGAGAACCUUAAUCCGGAGCUGUUCACAGGCAUUGUUCAGGGGGUCCUGUCCACUAUGAUGGGCUCCCUCGGCCAGGCCCAGAGCGGCACAGAAAGCAUUGCCCAGUUCAUGCAGAGACUCUCCCAUACCACCAACAUCUUCAUUAGCCCAGACGAACCCAAUGGUUUCUUUGGGGAGCUGCUGACAUUGGUAUGUCAGACCUUCUCCAUGUCUGACCUGGUGCUUCUGCUCCACGGCCAGCACCAGCCUUUGAGUCGUAUACGGCCCCAGCUGUCCCAGUUCUUCACCCAGAACUACCUCAAUGGCAGAGAGCCCACCGACCAGAACAUAACUGCUGCUGCUGAAGACCUUGUCAAUGAACUUGAGGAGACUAUCACGGAGAGCUUUUCCUCAGUGGCGGUGUUGGAAGGUGUUGACGUCACGCAGACCAACAUGUCCUUCUUCCGGCAGCAGCUCUCUCGCAUCGCCACGCACAUACUACGCUGCACAGACCAGUCGUUUGGGCCUCAUCUGCUACAGAUGUGUAACCAGGGUUUGUUUGAGUGUCUGGCACUCAACCUGUACUGUCUGAGGGGAGAGCAGAGCGCUCUAACUACGGUCAUCAACCAUCGCAUAAGGAGGAUGUCCGCUGACAUGAGUCCCAGCCUGGUGAACUGGAUGACUAGUAUGAUGACCAUGAGGCUUCAGGUUAUUCUGGAGCAUAUGCCUAUCACAGAGGACCAGAUCCUGCAAUAUGUGGUCCACACUCCGAGGGAGGAGCCGAUUGCAUGUGGAGCACAUGAGCCAGAACAAGACAAGAACAUUAAAAUGGAGGACACCCUCUCCCCAGUCCCCGCCACCACAGCUGAGGAAGCCAUGUCAUCAUCGUGGGAUACAAGGGCGUCGGCAAGAGAAAGCGGACCAACCGAGGGUUCUGUCCCAUUGCGUAGCGCCAUGGCGGCAGAGGCAGUUGAUGAGGAGCCUGUUCGAGAUUCUGAGGCCUGGGCAGUGACUGUUCCUCCUGAGUGGGUGCCCAUCAUCAGACAUGACCUGAUCACCCAGAGGAAGAUGAAGACCCAGCCGCCCAUGUCAGACGCCUAUUUGCAUGGAAUGCCAGCCAAACGCAGAAAGACGGGACAAGGGGAUGGAGCCCUCCUCUCCCUCUCUGAUGCUGUCAGUCGGGCAGCGAAGACGGCAGGAGUCAAACCAGUCACUCCUUCAGACACCCUACAGGAGGAGCUGGAGAGCGACGAGCUCCAGGAAGCCUAUGCAGAACAGGUGAAGGCCGACAUUAAGAAGCGCGUGAGGGAAGACCCUGACUUCACCCAUCAACAGUUCCCCAAUGCACACAGAGCUUUCUCAUCAGAUUCCUAAUUUUACCUUAAUGGUUUAUUGGAACCAACAAUUAUCAACCUAUGUACAUGCUGCCAUCUGUUUUUGAGUCUGUAUCUCAAUGUCUUGCAGUUUCAUGUCUACCAAAUUAUCCUCAUAACUUUUUAGGAAUAAAGAGUAACAUCUUGUUUGACUAAAUCCCUUAUUAUUAUCGCUGCCCCCCACCCACAUUUAUAUUUAUUGUUUUGCUUUGUUCUGUAAUUUUGCCUUUCCCUUUUGUUAAACACAGUGUCCAUAUUUGAGCAGACAUUAUACACCCACAAAUACAUUUUGACUCAAUCUUUUGUUUUCAGUGUUUUUGCUGUUCUCUUGUGAUCUAAAUGUUUUAUUUAAAGAGUUUACUUUGAUGGGGUGAAACUGCUGUUUAGUAGAUGUUGUGUGCUUAAUAAAGCACUAAUUACACAGGUG